AUGGAGUACUUAAUUUUGGAGGAGAAAUAUAAAAACCUCUUGAACAAAUCCAACCACGAAAAGGCGGUCCUGAAAAAGGAGUCACAGGCCCUUCGGAAAAAGUUACAGAAUCUCGAAGGGGCCUACAUCGAAAAGGAAAAAGAGGUGGCGGAAAUACUAGGGGAAAAAGAAAACCUGGAAGAUCGACUAAGCAAAAUGGGGAAAGAAAACGAAUCAUUGGAGGAGGAAAUAAUAAAACUUAACGAAAAAAUAGUGGACCUGACGGACUUAUCCAAAACGUAUCGACAAAUGAUAAAAAGCCGAAACAAGGAACUGCAACACUCGCACUUUUUGGUGGCCGAAAAUAUGCACCUUAGAAAUACCCUUGAGCUAGCGCAUAGCGAAAAGAUGGAGAUCGAAUCCGAACUCGGGAAGAAAAAAAAUAUCAUACAGUUGAUCAAGAAUAAAUAUAAAAACAACAUAGGCAGGCUUCUUGAAAAGUUUAACGAAAAGGAUAGACACUUUUACGAGUUCCAAACUUCCGUCGUAAAAGAAUUGCACAAUUUAAAAUUGGCCAUCCGACGGGAACAGCAAAACACCUUUUAUGACGACAGUAUACGGGACGAUACUAUUUUGAACAUAAGCCAUCACCUGGAUGUGCUAAACAGUGCAAAUAGCAAACUUCUCGAAUGCAAAGAAAUAAACGACCAAAAUUAUGACGCUAUAAUAAAAAAGAGGAAAACAUUUCUUCUAUAUGGAUAUGCCCAUUACUCAAAUAGAUGUUUCACCCAUUUGGAUAAAUUGGCAUCCCUAAAUAAUGACUUCAUACAAAUCAGGGAAGAUGAAAAAUUGCCUCUAUACAAGCUAAACGUGAGUAGGAAUAAUUUCCUCGUUCGUAAAUUCCACAUUAAGUCGGUACCCACAAUUCAGUUAAGGCAUAAAAAUAAGCUAAUAGAUGAACUGAUAGGAAAUGAAUUAAAUGAGCAAACAAAUGUAGACAGACUACUAAGAAGGUGUGGCACUUACUUUAACUCCAUUAGAGAGGUAGACAAUAUGGUCGAUUUUCUGGCCAGGGAGGAGGAGCUUCCCACUAGCGGCUAUAAUGAAUUAUUCGAGAGGGAAGAAUUUCUUCAUGGGAUAUGCCCAUCCAUAGGAACAACUCAUGGGGAAGACCAUAUAAAUAUGAUCCCUCACCAAAAGGACAAAAAUAACUUCGAAAUAGAAAUGAAAGAAAAACUGUUCCCAAAAGAUACGCUGAACGGUUUAUUGCUAAAAUAUCAGUGCACCACCUACGUCCUUUUUAAAAAACUGGAGCUUUUACUUAAUGGGGAAAAAAAAAAUACUCCUCUUAUCAAGCUUCUCUUGAAUGAAAUAAUUGCCAACCAUAGUUCCUACUUGGACAUAAAUGAGCGCUACAGCAAGUUAAUGGCCAAAGCGUUUCUCCUUCUUUUCGAUGAGGAAAAAUUGGCAAUCGAAAAAUUGUUGGACCUAAAGAAAGAUUUGGAAGCAGCAGACACAGACUCUUCUAUACAUGCGCAUCUUAUCCAGUCGAUUCAUUUCAACGAACCGAUCAUCACUUUCGACGAUUUUAAAAAUAUUCAUUUGAGGUGUCUUAACAAAGUGGACGAAUUUUUAUCAAACGAAACGGAAGAGGAAGGUCCAUCAGGAAUAAUGGUAACCUCUGGGGAAAUUCCCUAUUCAGGCGAAAAAGCAGAAAUACAAAAUGGUAUAUUUAAAAAAUGCACGAAAAACAGUGCGACGACGAGAUACCUCAGCCGCGUGUGCAGAAUACUGGCCGUAAAAUAUUUGCAAAAGGAACAGUACGAUGAUGCCUUCCACCACGCGCUACAAUCAUACACAUUAACAUUUCCCCUAAAUAAUGUGGACACAUCUAAGUCGAAGGUCCUGAUUGAAAAUUUAAUUCUCUAUCUGGGGGCAUACAAUCCGAGCGUCAUUAAAUUUUUGAGCGAUCUGCAAUUGCUCUUUACCGACAAAAUUUUCAAGGUGGUUCGGUUUCCCCACACAAGGGCAAUUAAAGGUGGACGGCCAAUGAUGAAAAGGGGCAAGUCUGGGAAGUGGCUGUGGCUAAGUCAGGACUGGAAACCUCGGUGGUUGAAGAAAAAGGCAAAGUUGAUUUUGGAGGAGGAGUGGAGGUGCGUCCCUGAUAAGAACGUCCCCUUCUGGAAUUAG